ACUUCAGCGUUUUUUAUUUACAAUAUAUGUGUAUAGUACAUUGACAACUGAUAUCUAGAUGACACAGAAAUAGGAGUGUAUCUUCUUGUAAUUCUCUAUGUAUCCUGAUGGAAGUCUUUGAUGGCAGACUAUGGGGAUCAUACUUCCUAAAAGUUGUUUUAAACAUUCAUUCAAAAGCAAAGAUCAGAAACUUGAGCCAGCUCCUACAUCUGCUGACGUGUUGACCAACCUCAUUGAAAAUAGAAUCGAUUCUCCAGAGUUCCUUAGAAGUGAAGAAACUGUGUACUCUGAUCAUUCUGAUGUCAUAAAUACAAGUCGUUUGAAAUCAAUAGAACUCCUUAGAAGUGAGGAAACCUUGUACUAUGAUGCCACAGACAGAAGUCACACGAAAUCAAUAGAUUCUGUAUUGAGUAGCGAAACAUCAGAUUAUGGAACACUUGGAAACGAAGGGACAUUAAAGAGAUUAAACAAGCGAAAGUCAGGAAAACAUCAGAUGUCGAAAUAUUCUACCGUAAGCAGUGUAACAUCAGAUUAUUACACCCUAGUGCGUGACAAGAAGUCAGCCAGGCGACAGUCAGAACAAGUAACAGCCGUGGUUGAGCCUAAAACAGACGCAAAGGGAAGUAGUGAUAAUUUUGAGGAACACAUGAGAAAAGAGAAAUAUGAAUUUUUGAAUUGUACUAAGCAACCUGAACAUAGCUCUUUUAUCCCGAUUCAAAGUUUUUCUAUAGAGAGUUUACCCCAGUCUUAUCAGAGCCAAGAAAUAUACAAUUUGGUCAUCGCUUUAAGUACUUUAGUGGUCAGAAUAAAAGUCUCUGCCAUCAGUCCUAACAGACCAAAACAUUGGCCUGGAAUCGAGACACCCUACUCAUGGCCAGAUGACGUGCAAGAUAAAACCGUGUUUGGUACAGGACGAGUUGAGGAAGUGACCAAAGGUCAAGAAAGUUGUCCGUGUGAAACUUGUAAAACAUCGUCCGCUCCAAGCGAAUUCUGGUGGCUGAUCCGAGUGGUUACAGCCAGUCACGUGGUGUUUGAUGACCUUGAAGCUCAGCAUACCUCGUGUGAGCUCUUCUACGACAGUGAAUCAAGCAAGGUCACAUCCAUCAAAGGCUUACGUCUGGCCUCCAGUGACAUGACCAAAGACCUGUCCAAACUGCUUUGCGUCACGUGUGACGUCACUCUGGCCGAAAAACUAGAGAAAUGUGUGGACACUUUCAUCGACGCUUGGGAGACUGCGUUUGAUAAAUACUUCGGUGACCAGGAGGCUGCCAAAGAAAAUCUGGUCAUUUUAAUAUUUCAUCCACACGGCUAUUACAAACAUUUGUCCGUGGGUCAUUACAUUGAAACACAUAAAGAGCUCAAUGAUGAUAAGGAAUUACAGUGGUCCACUUAUAACACACCCACUUGCACCGGAAGUGACGGAGCUUAUGUUUUGAACACAAAGUUGUUUCAUUCAUUUGAUUAAAAAGUAAACAACGAAAUUUUUACGAAAGGAAAUAUGUUAUUUUCUGUUUCAAAUAUUGUGCUAUAUUAAAAUGUACAAGUUAGCGGUUGAUAGUAUUAACUCCCUCUCUCGCAAAGAGCAAUCUACAAUCUUCCAACUAAGAAUAGGACACACACCAGAAGAAAUCCCACUCAUCCACCUCUCUUAGACACUGUCCUUAUUUGAUAUCAAGCACAUAAUUAAUUACCAAUUCUUCUUCUUAAACUGUCAGGUAGAGUUGAGUCUUCAGCUCUUGGAACUCUAAGCCAGCAAAAAAUGAACAAGAGCUCCCUCUCACCGGCCUGAAUGAGAACAGUGUACACUGACGGGUGGGUCAGACUCAGACUCGCGGCAAGAGACCGCGUACACUAAGGCCCCCGCCAUUUUACUUUUUCUAUACCAGGCUUACUAUGCGGGACACGCCAUUCAUGUAACGGCCCCUUGAGAAACAGCGCCUAGAUUGUGACAAGGUUGUGGGAGCUUUUUUACAACUCCGCACAGUGCAAUGAGGAUGCUCUCGCAUCCCCUUAGACACCCCCACGGGAGUCUUGUUUUGCUACCCUUUAGCCUAAUCGUUUCCUCUUAUGAUCGUUUCGACCCGGGUGCCACUAUGAGGCAGGGUAGCAUGCCCGGGUAAUUACCAAUAAUAAAUUGACUAACUGGUUCUUUUUUUUUAUCGAUUCUUGUUUUUUUUUUUUUGUUUUUUUUUUUUUUGGUAGAAAAAAUAAUUGUUUAAAGUUUCAACUUGAUCCGAGAUUCAGUCUGGGAGAAAUAACAUGUAUAAUUUUUAAAGGGCAAAUUGACCCACAAAUUUAAUUAUAUCUCUGAAUACCAAAGGUUUAAUUUCCUUGUUAAUAUCAAACACAAAUUUGUUAAUUAAACCGUAAUUAAUUGACUAAUUAUUUAUAUUUUGUUACUACGUUGAUUAGUGUAUUUUCUACGCCCAUGAAUAAUUGUGCAAAGUUUCAACUUGAUUCGAGAAUGGAUUUGGAAGAAAUAAGGUGUUCAAACUUUUUACCAGACAGACAGACAAACAGAUGGACAGACAAUAGAAAGAGUGAGUUAAUAGAAGCUUUGUAAAAAAAAAAAGUGGAUAAAGUGCUUUGUAACAAUGUUAGUUUACCAAUAUUUGUUAUCAAUACACGGCGGGACAUAAAGAAUCUAUUUAUUUAUUUUGCUGCCUGUGAUAACAAUGUCCAUGUCUCUUUGUAAAGGUUCAUUACAAUUCCAAUAUUCUCCAGAAAUUAAUUCAAUCCACAUAUUGCAAACAUUACAGUUGUUCCGAUUUAAACAACACUCAACACUGCGAUAAUGUCAGGAACAUUAUAGAAUACAGAUGAUUCAUUCAAUCACUAUCUAUAAUCGCAUCUAUUACUAGGAACACAAACUCGAUUGGCUUUCAUAAAUUGCAAAACAAAAAUAAAACAAGCAAAAUACUAAAAAGGGGACUAAUUCAGCUUAUACCACCACUUCAGUCAAGUACUAUUUGUUUCCCUUCUUUGAGAUAUCAAGCACAAUAAUUUUAUUACCAAUACUAAUUAAAUUAAUUGAUUAAUUUUGUUCAUUGAUUCAUCUGUUGUUAGUUAAAAGAAAUAAUCGUGCAAAAUCUCAGCUUGAUCAGAGACUGAGUGUCGGAGAAAUAACUUGUUCAGAUUUUUGGACAGACAGACAGACGGAGUGAGGUGAUAUAAGCUUUGUAAAAAAAAAGAUUAAAAUGGCCAAAGUGACACACCUGUACAACUCGUAACAGGAACUUCUAAUGUCUUGUUAUAUAGUGCAAUAGAAGCUAUUUAGAUUAGGUUGAAAUGCAUCCUAAUUAUAUGUACACGUGCUGUCAUAAGAUUGGCAUAAAUUUAUAAAUAUAAGAACCGUAUGGUAAAUAAGUAUGUGUGUUUGCACUCCAUGUCUAUUAUUGAUGUUAAUAAAAUGAAAGAUUGUAAGACAUACAUCUUAUUUCUUCAACGUCUACAAAUGUGAAAAUAUUUUCAAUCAAAUAAACUGUACAAGGAUAUUGUAAAUUGAA